CCGCUCGCUCCGGCCGCGGCGCCUCCUUUUGUUCGCCUCCUCGCCGCCCGUACCGAGCGCGCGAGUCCCGCAGCGGAUGCCCGCCUGGGAUUCCCCCUGGAAAUCGGUGGUGGCCGCUCCUAAAGUUGCGUUUAGUCAACGCCCGCGGAUGGAGAAGGAGCUCGGGGUAGCUCCUGUUCCCCCUCGAGGCUCUCGAGGACGAAGCAGGCGCUGCUUGGGAGAACCUUUUUAAAACUUUGGGGUUGUUGGAGUGGUUGAAUUUUUCCUGGAUUUGAGUGAGAAAUUCAGAAGACUGAAGCCCAGGCUCACUGUCUACCUUUCACGGAGGCCCAGCCGUGAGAGGACAGAAGAAGGCACGUGGCGAAUCAUGACAGCGGACAAAGAAAAAGACAAAGACAAGGACAGGGAUAGAGACCGGGAUAAGGAACGAGACAAGAGAGACAAGGCGAGGGAGAAUGAGAACUCACGUCCUCGACGGAGCUGUACGUUGGAAGGAGGCGCCAAGAAUUAUGCAGAAAGUGACCACAGUGAAGAUGAGGACAAUGACAACAACAGUGCCACCACAGAGGAGUCCACAAAGAAAAGCAAAAAGAAACCUCCCAAGAAGAAGUCCCGAUAUGAGAGAACAGACAACGGUGAAAUAACGUCCUUUAUCACAGAGGAUGAUGUUGUUUACAGGCCUGGAGAUUGCGUAUAUAUUGAAAGUCGCCGGCCGAAUACUCCAUAUUUCAUCUGCAGCAUUCAAGACUUCAAACUGAGUAAACGGGACCACCUCCUUAUGAAUGUCAAAUGGUACUAUCGCCAGUCCGAAGUCCCAGAUUCAGUCUAUCAGCAUUUGGUUCAGGACAGACACAAUGAGAAUGACUCUGGACGAGAGCUCGUUAUUACAGACCCGGUUAUCAAGAACCGAGAGCUCUUCAUUUCAGAUUAUGUUGACACAUACCACGCUGCUGCACUUAGAGGAAAGUGUAACAUCUCCCAUUUCUCUGACAUCUUUGCUGCUAGAGAGUUUAAAGCCCGAGUGGACUCAUUUUUCUACAUACUGGGCUAUAAUCCAGAGACAAGGAGGCUAAAUAGCACGCAAGGUGAAAUCAGAGUUGGACCCAGCCAUCAGGCUAAGCUUCCUGAUCUACAGCCGUUUCCUUCCCCAGACGGUGACACAGUGACACAGCAUGAAGAACUUGUGUGGAUGCCAGGAGUCAACGACUGUGACUUACUUAUGUACCUUAGGGCAGCAAGGAGCAUGGCAGCUUUUGCAGGCAUGUGUGAUGGAGGAUCCACAGAAGACGGUUGUGUUGCAGCCUCCCGUGACGACACUACACUUAAUGCACUCAAUACGCUACAUGAAAGUAACUAUGAUGCUGGAAAAGCCCUGCAGCGAUUGGUGAAGAAACCGGUGCCAAAACUGAUUGAGAAGUGUUGGACUGAAGAUGAAGUGAAACGUUUUAUUAAGGGGUUGAGGCAGUACGGCAAGAACUUCUUCAGGAUCCGAAAGGAGUUGCUUCCGAAUAAGGAGACUGGAGAACUAAUCACCUUCUAUUACUAUUGGAAGAAAACUCCUGAAGCAGCAAGUUCUCGAGCCCACCGUAGGCAUCGAAGACAGGCUGUGUUUCGGAGAAUUAAAACUCGAACUGCUUCCACUCCGGUCAACACUCCCUCCAGGCCCCCCUCCAGUGAAUUCUUGGACUUGAGCUCGGCCAGUGAAGAUGACUUUGACAGCGAGGACAGCGAACAGGAACUGAAGGGCUACGCCUGUCGUCACUGCUUCACAACCACCUCCAAGGACUGGCACCACGGCGGUCGAGAAAACAUUUUAUUGUGCACCGAUUGUCGCAUCCACUUCAAAAAAUACGGAGAGCUGCCACCCAUCGAGAAGCCUGUAGACCCUCCGCCCUUUAUGUUUAAGCCUGUCAAAGAGGAAGAUGAUGGACUUAGUGGAAAGCAUAGCAUGAGGACAAGGCGGAGUCGAGGCUCGAUGUCUACACUACGUAGUGGUCGUAAAAAGCAGCCAGCCAGCCCUGAUGGUAGAGCCUCGCCUAUUAAUGAAGACAUCCGUUCGAGUGGCCGCAACUCUCCUAGCGCUGCCAGCACUUCCAGUAAUGACAGCAAAGCGGAUUCAGUGAAGAAGUCUACCAAGAAGAUAAAAGAAGAGGUGUCUUCUCCUCUGAAGAACUCCAAGAGGCAGCGGGAAAAGGCAGCUUCUGACACAGAGGAACCUGACAGAUCCAAUGCCAAAAAAUCCAAAACUCAAGAGAUCAGCAGGCCAAACUCUCCGUCAGAGGGUGAGGGCGAAGGUGAGAGCUCUGACAGCCGCAGCGUCAAUGACGAAGGGAGCAGCGAUCCCAAGGACAUUGACCAGGAUAACCGGAGCACAUCACCUAGCAUCCCUAGUCCUCAAGACAAUGAGAGCGACUCAGAUUCAUCUGCUCAACAACAAGUGCUGCAGGCACAGCCCCAAGUGCUUCAGGCACAGAGCGGUUCUGGCCAAGCUCCUCCUCCUACACCACCUGUAUCGGCCCAGUUACCAGCAUCGCUGCCAGCUGUGUCGAGUGCUGCUUCAGCUGCACCACAGGUCUCACCGUCAGCAUCUCAGCCCCCCAGCCAGCCUCAGGCCCCUGCCCCUCCACCUCCCCAUUCUCACAUACAGCAGGCCCCUGCUCUGCACCCGCAGAGACUCCCGUCACCCCACCCGCCUCUACAGCCCAUGAGCGUGUCGCAGAGCCAGCCCACCCCUGCCCCGUCACAGCCUCACUCGCAGCCUCCGCUCCACAGUCAGGCCCAGCCUGCCCCUCACAGCCUGCAGGCUCAGACCCUCCUGCCUCAUCCUGUACCUUCCCAGCCAUUCUCCCUCCCCACUCAGUCAUCUCAGUCUCAGGUUCCCCUUCAGACACAAGCGCCAUCUCAUUCUCACUCCGCUCUCCAGGUUCAGGUGACGCAGCCUGUCCUGCCAACCACAACCUCGCUGCAGCAGGCGCAGCCUCCACGGGAGCAGCCCUUGCCCCCUGCACCCAUGGCCAUGCCUCAUAUCAAACCUCCUCCUACCACCCCCAUCCCUCAGCUCCCCACUGCUCCAUCCCACAAGCAUCCUCCUCAUCUCUCUGGCCCUUCUCCAUUCUCGAUGAACUCCAACUUGCCUCCACCACCUGCUUUAAAGCCUCUGAGCUCCCUCUCAACUCAUCAUCCUCCAUCUGCGCACCCUCCUCCUUUGCAGCUGAUGCCUCAGAGCCAGCCACUGCAGUCUUCGCAAGCCCAGCCUCCCAUACUGACGCAGAGUCAGAGCCUUCCCCCCCCUGCUAAUCAUCCCCCAUCUGGACUCCAUCAGGUAUCCUCCCAGCCCCCCUUUUCCCAGCAUCCGUUUGUCCCCGGAGGCCCACCUUCCAUCACGCCUCCUUCUUGCCCUUCCACUUCCACACCACCCGCUGUGCCUGGCAUCCCGCUUCAGACUUCCAUCUCCACAUCAGCAGCUUCUAGUGGGAACGUGCCAGUGGUGACAGCCUGCACGCUACCACCUAUUCAAAUCAAAGAAGAAGUCCCAGACGAAGCUGAGGAACCAGAAAGUCCUCCCCCUCCACCCCGAAGUCCAUCACCAGAGCCAACUGUGGUGGAUACACCAAGCCAUGCCAGUCAGUCAGCCAGGUUCUAUAAGCAUCUGGACCGUGGCUACAAUUCGUGCUCAAGAGCAGACUUAUACUUUAUGCCUCUGGCAGGAUCGAAACUGGCCAAGAAGAGAGAAGAGGUCAUCGAGAAGGCCAAAAGGGAAGCAGAGCAGAAGGCCAGAGAAGAGAGGGAAAGAGAAAAAGAAAAGGAGAAGGAAAGAGAGAGGGAGCGGGAACGUGAAAGAGAAGCAGAACGAGCUGUGCAGAAGGUAUCCAGCUCCUCCCAUGAAGGCCGUCUUGGAGAAUCUCAGCUCAGCGGGCCAGCACACAUGAGACCUUCAUUUGAACCUCCGCCAACGACCAUUGCUGCUGUACCACCUUAUAUUGGUCCGGAUACACCUGCAUUACGAACACUGAGUGAAUAUGCCCGUCCUCAUGUCAUGUCACCAACAAACCGUAACCAUCCCUUCUUUGUCCCCCUGAACCCCACUGAUCCACUGCUGGCCUACCAUAUGCCUGGCCUCUACAAUGUGGAUCCCACCAUUCGGGAACGAGAGCUGCGAGAACGGGAAAUCCGGGAGCGAGAAAUCCGGGAGAGGGAGUUGAGAGAGAGAAUGAAACCUGGCUUCGAGGUCAAGCCCCCGGAGCUGGAUGCACUGCACCCAGCUACUAACCCGAUGGAGCAUUUUGCCAGGCAUGGUGCACUGACUAUUCCCCCAACAGCAGGACCUCACCCGUUUGCUUCCUUCCAUCCGGGUUUGAACCCCCUCGAAAGAGAGAGACUUGCACUGGCAGGCCCACAGUUACGGCCUGAAAUGAGCUACCCUGACAGACUGGCAGCAGAGAGAAUACAUGCUGAGCGGAUGGCAUCGCUGACAAACGACCCCUUGGCACGGCUCCAGAUGUUCAAUGUUACGCCUCACCAUCAUCAACAUUCACACAUACACUCGCAUUUACACCUACAUCAGCAGGAUCCCUUACAUCAAGGUUCAGCAGGACCUGUUCACCCGCUGGUGGAUCCUUUAGCAGCUGGACCCCAUUUGGCACGUUUUCCCUACCCACCUGGGACCAUCCCCAACCCGUUGCUAGGGCAGCCACCUCACGAGCAUGAAAUGCUCCGGCAUCCAGUCUUUGGUACUCCUUAUCCACGAGAUCUGCCUGGUGCCAUUCCACCUCCGAUGUCAGCAGCCCACCAGCUGCAGGCCAUGCACGCCCAGUCCGCAGAGCUGCAAAGACUGGCAAUGGAGCAGCAGUGGUUGCACGGGCAUCCUCACAUGCACGGUGGUCAUCUACCAAGUCAGGAAGAUUAUUACAGUCGACUGAAGAAAGAAGGCGACAAACAGUUGUAAUUAAUUAUUUAUUUGUAAUGCUGGCUAUGGAAACCCCAGUCCUUGGGAAGGAGUGGAACAUUUUUACAUACAAUAAGAGCUACAAAAGGAAAAGAAUAUCUUAUAAAGAUUUCUUUAUAUAUUUAAAACAGAAUCAACCACCCAGCAAGUAGAGACUUAUCAGCAGUGUGUUCAUUUGUAGAGAAGAUUUCUCAAGACUCGUGUGGGUCUCCCUGCAUGACAACGUAUUCAGAAGCCUAUUGAGAGUACAGGACUGUGUGAAAUAUUCAGAGAACUUCCUGCAAUCUUGGGUUUUUUUCCUUACUAGUUUGUUUUGAGUAGGUGCUAGAAUCAGGUUCACAACACAAGUCACUGUGCGUGAAGAGACACUUGAUGCAUCUAUAGCUAUUUUAAAAAAAACAAGGAUUGCAAGUAGGUGACAUAACAAGCUCUGAAUCCAAGUGCUAUAAUAAUAAAAAUCUACUUUUAUUUUAAUACAUUGUAGGAAAUCUUCAUAAUUUUAAAGA